UGAAACUCUGCAGAAUUAUCUGAAAGUGAAGAAGGGACAGAAACUCUCUCUUUGCAAGGUAGACUUAUAGUCCAGGGCUUCGUUACUGGUUUAAUGGUGAAGAUAAAAACCUAUGGUGGUGAAAGAAGUUUAGGGGAGUGGGAAACUCCACCACGAAGUGUGGUACCAAUCCCUGAAGAAGCCAAAUGGACGUGAAGCCUCCCCCGCGGAAAGGUACGGACUUCUGCUCGCUGCGCUACGGGCUGGCUCUGAUCAUGCACUUCUCCAACUUCACCAUGAUCACGCAGCGCGUGAGCCUCAGCAUUGCCAUCAUCGCCAUGGUGAACAGCACCCAGCAGCACGACCCACACAACGCCUCCACGGAGGGGGCUCUGGCAGAGGCCCCCCACCACCCGAACAGGUCCGGCGAGGAGUUUAAAACAAGGGCCCCUGUGUAUCAGUGGAGCCCAGAGACCCAGGGCAUCAUCUUCAGCUCCAUCAGCUACGGAAUAAUACUAACUCUGAUCCCAAGUGGCUAUUUAGCAGGGAUACUUGGAGCAAAACAGAUGCUCGGUGCUGGUUUGCUGAUCUCCUCCCUUCUCACCAUCUUUACGCCCUUGGCUGCUGACUUUGGAGUGAUUUUGGUCAUUGUGAUCCGGACAGUGCAGGGCAUGGCCCAGGGAAUGGCAUGGACAGGUCAGUUUACAAUUUGGGCAAAAUGGGCUCCUCCCCUUGAACGGAGCAAGCUCACCAGCAUUGCGGGAUCAGGGGUAGCAUUUGGGUCCUUCAUUAUCCUCUGUGUGGGCGGACUAAUCUCACAGGCAUUGGGCUGGCCUUUUAUCUUCUACAUCUUUGGUAGCAUUGGCUGUAUCUGCUGUCUACUGUGGUACAUAGUAAUUUACGAUGACCCUAUGAAUCAUCCAUGUAUAAGUGCCAAGGAACAGGAGCACAUUGUGUCCUCUCUGGCUCAGCAGCCCAGUUCUCCCAGACGGUCUGUCCCCAUAAAGGCUAUGAUCAGAUGCCUACCACUUUGGGCCAUUUUCACUGGGUUUUUCAGCCAUUUCUGGUUAUGCACCAUCAUCCUCACAUACCUGCCGACGUACAUCAGUACAGUGCUCCAUGUUAACAUGCGAGACAGUGGGGUUCUGUCUUCCCUGCCUUUUGUUGCUGCUGCCAGCUGUACAAUUUUAGGAGGUCAGUUGGCAGACUUCCUUCUGUCCAGGAAUUUUCUCAGCUUAAUUGGAGUGCGAAAACUCUUUUCAUCCCUAGGCCUGCUUCUUCCAUCACUUUGUGCCAUGGCCCUGCCCUUUGUGGCGUCCAGUUACAUGACAACCAUUGUUCUGUUGAUACUCAUUCCUGGAACCAGCAACCUGUGCGAUUCAGGGUUUAUCAUCAACACACUAGAUGUUGCACCCAGAUAUGCAAGUUUCCUCAUGGGGAUCUCAAGGGGAUUCGGUCUCAUUGCAGGAAUCAUCUCUUCUACCACCACCGGAUUCCUUAUCAGUCAGGAUUCUGAGUCCGGAUGGAGGAAUGUAUUUUUCCUGUCUGCUGCUGUCAACAUGUUUGGUCUGAUCUUUUAUCUCACCUUUGGACAAGCAGAGAUCCAAGACUGGGCCAUAGAGAAGACUCUCACUCACCUUUGAAGAUACACAGUCUGAAUCUGUAGUACAAAUCCUUAACAUUGUAACAUUUUUUUUUAACAGAUCGCCAAGCUUUCUUCAUAGUCUUAACCGCAGACAUAGUGCUCUCCGCUCUUGCCGUGUGCUGGACUUUCCUAGAGAGCUGUGAAAACAUGCAAACACCUGCACCUCAGUCCAGAGAUCAUGGGAAUUGGUCUGGGGUAGAGACUGGACACUGCUGAAUGUUAGAUUUCUUUCCCUCGAGAUUCUAACAGGCAACCAGGGUUACAACUGGUGGACAGAUUUGAAUAGGAAAUUCUGUUGUCCUUGAAUUUUCCUGUUUGGAAAAUAUUAAAUGAAUAAAAAUCUAUGUGAAAAUAA